GCAGUUGUAGUAUGGUGGCUGCCUGCUGCUUGAGUUAGUGUUCAGUUUACCUACUGAGAAGGUUGGUUGUCAGUUAAGAAAUCGGUGGUCAUCAUUUGGUAACAGAUUAAUAAAACUUGUUUAGCAUAUUUUUCAUUUGCUGAUCAGUUUUUGUGGAAUGUAAAGCGUGUACCUCAGUGAGAAACGCUGUUUUUCGUGUUGAAUUUCGGCUGCUAAAUCCUACUAGUUACCAAGAUGUGGAUAUUAGUGCCGCGAAGGGAACGCUAGGGUUAUCUACGCAGUCUGGUAUGUGUUUGUGUUUACCAACAUGUAGACUGUAACAAAAAAUUUAGCCAGUGGGCUAAAACAUUUGAAAAGUUAAACUGUUAAAAUUAAGUUUCAAUUAAAAAUUUUUGGCAAAAGUUGAUUUAGCCUAAUAAUUUUUCAAAAUGUCUGGGCCGUUGCUUAGAUCUGGUGAAUGUAGAAAAUUUGCUCCAAAUAUUUUCAAUAAGACAAAGUGUACCAAUUGUUUUCGUCAAAAAGAAGAACACAGUGCUGAAGCUCUGGAAAGCAAUAGGGCAACGAGGAAGGUGGCAAAGUGUGGAUAUCUGUUCGUAGCUCCAGGAUGGGACUUUACCAAUCCCCUCAACAGAACGAAGAGAUGGCAGAGACGAUGGUUUGUCCUGUACGACGAUGGGGAACUGAGCUAUGCACUGGAUGAACACCCCGAGACUGUGCCUCAAGCGAGUAUCGACAUGAACAAGGUGCUGGAGGUUGCUGACGCUGAGGACAUCACAGGGAACGCCUACAGUUUGGCCAUCACCGCGCCCGACAAUGUCCACUUUGUCAAAGGAACCUGCCGCGAGGAGGCCCGCUGGUGGAACGAUGUCCUGUCGGUGUUCCCUCGCUCUAAGGGUCGGCCAAAAAGAAAUGCAACGUUCCCUGGCAGCCAAACAUCCAACACGACUCCCAGCAUAUUGCAGACUCCGCCUGUCAGGGAUGUCUCCAGUUCUGUGUCCAGCGACCGCUACAGUGGCAGGAGACUACCCGGGGCCGUGUGGGAGGGCGAGGAUGUGUUCCCCACAAGGGAUGUCCCCGUCACGUCCCCACAGUCCAGUCCUAUCGAGACACCUCAUCAGCCGUCCAUGGAGAACAGGAAAGUGUACAUGGGUUCUCCACCCACCCGAGACAAGGUGCCCCGCCCCGACGACAAGGGCCGCACUCGGCGAGUCCAGAAUAGAGAGAAACGGGGCCUCAAGACUGGCAGGAGCUACUCUGAGGAUCUCACUAAGAUGCUGCCAACCUGGCGGACUGACAAGAAAGCGGCGGUCCCUACCUCAGAACACCCUGAGGUGUCGCGGCGGCUUCUGUUGGAGGAAUUCGAGAGUGAGUGUAAGCUGAAGGACAUCGCUGACUCGCUGACAAGGCCGAGACAGCACAGACGCCUCACUUCUCCUGCUGUCACGCCCCCUCCUCCCUCUAGCCAUGAGCCCACCCGAGAUGGAGACACCACCACCCACAAACAGGUGAGGGGAGAUCCCGACGGUUGUGGUCUGGACUUGUCGUCUCUUCGCUACUCUCCCAGCUCCGAACUCAGGGUAGACUUGCCAGCCGAAGACCUCCUGAACAUUAAGAAGGGCUGGCUCAUGAAGCAAGGCAACGAUAAGGAGUGGAACAAGCACUGGUUUGUGCUGAGAGGUGCGGCCCUGCUAUACUAUCGAGAUCCAGGUGCUGAAGACCAAGGUAUACUAGAUGGCGUGAUAGACCUGAGUGGCGUCAGUGCUGUCACCGAGGUGCAAGUGGCCCGCAACUACGGCUUCCAGACGACGACAUGGGAUGAGCGAAGCUAUGUUCUGUCUGCCGUCACUGCUGGUAUCCGAGCCAACUGGAUGUGUGCUAUCCGACGAGCGGCUGGGCUGGAUACCAAAAUGGAUACCAACCCUCUCCAAAUGGAGAGGGACAGAGAGAGUAUCGCUCCUUCCACCCCUCUCACGGGGCGUUCCAUCAUCUUCUCCUCGGACGACGAAUAUCGCACAGCAUCAGAGGGGAGAAGAGAGAGUGGAGAUUGGGGUGACACCUUGCCCCCCUCCCCACCUCUCAAUCGAACCCCCAUCUCCAAAGUCAAGGAACGAGCAAGGGGAGGUUUGCGAUCCCGUGCGUACAACACCAAGCGGUCCCGGUCAUCCCCUCCCUCCUCACGCAGGUCCACACUCGACUCUGUUCCACAAGAAGACUUUGUGUUGGCCUGCUGUGGGGAGAUGCAGGAGUCUGAUGUAGAUGAAAUCAGCAAGGUGGUGACUGAAAGCCAGUCACUGCUAGAGAGGGUGCAGAAUCAGGGGGGUGAGCUGCAGGAGGUCAAGAGACAGUUAACCUCCGUUUUGCGGGAACUGAGCAGUGCUGAAGAAGAACUGUUGAGACUGAGGCAGCGCAAGGUUGAUGUCAGCGCUCUGGAGAAACAGGUGGAAGAUCUUUUGCAACGAGCCGAAGACGCGAACAAGCAACGAGCGAGAGAUGCUGCUGAACUCGAUUCUCUUAAAAAACGGUAUGUAGAGGAGAAGGCCCGAUGGGACAGGGACCUGACUAGCGCGGAGUGCGAGCUACAGUGUGCCAACCAGCGAUACUCGCAACUCUGUGUAGAGCUCGCAGACAGUGCUAAGUUGGUACAACGGUUGCGGGAGGAGCUGGCUGCGACGGAUGAUCUCACAAGACGACUGCGUGAUGAACUGGAGAGUGUGACCAACCGGCUUGCGGCCGGUAUAGAGGAGAACGACCAGCUGUACCGGCGACUGCGUGACCUAGAGACUAGGGGACACCAUUCACAACCGCACCCACGAUCACGCUCUGUCGACUCUCUCAGCGACCUCACUAACAUACAGCUGGAUCUUGACCUCACACAACUGGACAAGGACAGGGUGGUAGAGGAGUAUGGUGAUCUGCGGGCAAGGUUUGAGAAGGCUGUAGUAGAGAUAAGAGCGAUGAAGCGGGAACUACGUGAGUCCCAAGCGCAGUCGGAUUGUCUGGAACUGAGCCUCAUCAAUGCACGACAAGACAUGCGUGCACGACAGGCGGACGCAGACAGCCAGACCAACCUCAUGGCCGCCAGGAUACAGGACCUUGCUCUCAAACUUUGCAGUGCGGAGAAACAGAUUCGAGCACUGAAACAAAAACUUUCAAAAUCAGAAACUCGGGAGAAGAGGAGGUCAUUGUCUCUCAAAGGCAGAGAGUCAUUUACAAUUUGUAAGGAGUUGGAAGAUAAACUUGCAGAGUUAGAGAACAAAAUUAGUUCACUAACUACAGUGGAUGGUGUAAAUCCUACCCCUCCCUCUAAGAGUCCCUCCCCUGUCAAGACUUUCCCACCUCCAUCUCCCAGUUCUGAGACCAGCAAAAUGGCAGCAAGGUUGAGACGCAAAUCACUGGACAGCGCUACAUGCUCUGAACCCAUGAAAGUGCUCAUCAGACUGUCCUCUUUGGAAGCAAAAGUAGCCAAGGCAGCGAGGGAGAUCGUGAUAUGUCCUUCCUCUCCUUCCCCCCAACCCAGUAAUGAGUCAAUCACAUCUCUAGACGAUUCCGAGCAGAAGAUCCCAUCACCAACAGAACUGAAACUCUUCAAUGGAGUUGAGGAAACUGAUGAAGUGGACGGAACCAGUGCUGUCCAUCAUCAUGUCUCCAGCGAGAUCAAGAAGAUGGAGAACCUAUUGAGAAAAAAAUUGUUGGAGAUAUCCAAAAAACGAGAAUCCCUUAUUGCCUCUGGUCAGUGGACGAGUGAGGCGAGAGUGAGUCUUUUGGCAGAGAAGUUGGCGUUUGAAUCGGUACUUGUGGGAAGACUUCAUGAUGCAGUGUCUGGUUCGACCAAGGGAGAUAUCAGUGAUGUGGAGAGAUUCAUGACUGAGUUGGACCUAAAGCUAUCCGGAGGAAAACCUAACAUAGAGACAUCUCUAGAUUACCUGGCCAAAGCAUUGACAAGACAUUUGUUGAAUCAAAAUACGCAGAAAAUCAAACCAAGGAAACCAAAGGAUAAGAGGAGAUCCACUGAAUCUGCUGCCAUCAUUGAGUUAAACAAGAGGAAGAAACAUUUGGAUCAGAAUGUAGGAGUUUUCGUAGAUCAAGUUGUGGAUCAACUUGCAGCAGCUUUUGCUGUUGAAACACUCGGCGAUGAUUCUUUAAGUGGUGGUGAGAACAGGAUAAAAGCAGCAUGGACUUUAGCGCAGGAAGCUGUCAAUGAAGAACUCAUUCAAGCAGAAAUCUCCCAAGUCAUGUCUCAGUGCUCAAGAACUUACCAAAACUUAGUUGAGGAUGAAAAAGACAGUAGAUUUGUAGCUUUAAUUCAGGAAAGAGCCUCUUUGGAGCUGUGGUCCAGAGCCACACAGGAAUAUCUUAAUAAGGAAAUGGAGGUGGUUGUAAAGAGGCUGUACGAAAAGUAUCAGGACAACGUUUAUAGGCUAAAGGCUCAGAAUACAUCUCCUGUGAAGACAAACCAAGAGGAUGAAGAGAAGGCGAGGCACCUUCUGCAGAGAUUUGUAGAUGUAAUUGCUCAUAAAGCUUUAUUAGAUGCUAGACUAUCCCUGCUUCAAGAUUUGGAUGUAUCAGAAAGCAGUAUUAACCUUCAAGAGGUCGUUUUUGAUGAACACGUAGUCUUGGCUGAGAUUCAGACAUUAUACCUUAAGUAUUUUGAGGAUCUACAAAAUAAAUCAGGAGAUGGUGCUUUGGAGGACGAUAAACUGAAGGAGGGCAUGCAAUUGCUGGCAAGAGAGGUGUCCAUCUUGAGAGAAUAUCUGCUGGAGUCUGAGAGGAAACGACGAGCAGAUGGGGACAAGACUCAGCUGAUUGGAGUGGAGCCAUUGACCUCCGACAGCCUGUGUGAGCAAUGCUACCAACUGAGAGGACAGGUGCAACAACUGCAGCAGUUUGUGCUCAAGGGUCAAGACUGCCAGAGGUGCGAAUAUCUUCAUCAAGAAAUAAAGAGGCGUGAGAUGCAGUUUGAAGAUGAUCUUCAUGAGUUGAAAAUGCAGCAAGAAGAAGAGUUGGCAAGACUAAAAGCAGAAUUGGAGCAACAGAGAAUUAGUUUGGUAUGCCAACACGAGGCAGAGCAGAACAUGCUGAAGGAGAGGGCUCGUAAGCUGGAGAGGAGGUUGGGAACACUGGACUCUGAGUACUCGCAGCAGAUGGAGAACCUGCGAGCCGCCUACCACAAGACUCUGAGCUCCACACUGGACCGUGACCUCCCUGGUGGCGAGAACAUCCGCCAACGCUACCAGGCCGAAAUUGAACACCUGAGGGCGCUCUGCGAGAAGGGAUUGGUCGGUAUGGAGAACUCACAUCGUCGCAUGAUUGCCGAGCUGGAGGAGAAACACCGCCAGGAGGCGGAGAUGCUUCGGAGGGAGAAGGAGAGCGCAUUGGCAGAGGAGACGCAGGCGACACUGGCUGCACUGGAUGCCAUGCGCAAGGCACACGAGGCAGAGGUGGCCCGCGAAGUGGCCAAGUUCAAGAAGGAGUUCUUGGCCAACAUGCGAACCGGACAGGAUAUUGGGCAGCUACAUCGGGAGCACGAAGCUGAGAUGGAAGAGAUCAAGCAGGAGAUUCUGUCGCUGUCAGAGAAGUAUUCCAUCAAGUGUGUGGAAUCUGCGGCUCUAGAGGAGCAGUUGAGGGCAGCAAACGAGCAGCUGGCUCAGGCGCAACAACACAUACUGCAGCUGGACUCCAGGAAUAAACAGCUUCGAGCACACCUGGUGUCAGAAGCCAACGAGAACUCGGCUGACCUGAUCCGUCUGGAGGACAAAGAGAAGCCUGUUACGACAUGCUGGCGUGGUGGCAGACCUGACACGAUAGCGGCGGCCCUGGCAAUGCUCCACCGGCGUCACUGCAACUCAGGUAACGAGUCCGUGCCAGAGUUCUGUGUAGGGCGCUCAAGCAGUCCGGAUCCCUCGCCUCUUCGUAAAGCAGAGCCGAAGCGGUAUCCCAUAAUGCCGUGCGGUCAAGCCUUCUUGUCUCCCCUCCCCUGCCCAGUCAGUGGGAUGGUGGCCGAGCGGAAGAAGAUCUUUGAACACUAACACAACCUCAUUUCGCUUGACAGCUGCUGUUAGACAUCAUUAGUAAUAAUAAAUAGCCGAUUAAGGACUUUUUAUAAUGUUCUCAAUGGCUUAAAAGCUUUAAAUUAUUUUUAUAUUUAUAUUCACACAGAAAUUACUGAAAGGAAAUUAAUACAUUUGAGUAAAUAAGGUAGUCAAAUAGACUCACGAGUUGUUAAAAGUUUAAUUCAUAUUACUUAAAAGUCCUGACAGGAGUAAAUUAUUUAUUGAUCACUACGUACAAACGUAGUCGUCUCUUAAACUACACUAAAUAAAGAAUUGUUGCAUUUCAACAAGUAACGUUAAUUUUAAUUUUUAAAACAAUAAGAAAUGUAAUAGUAUAUGAGAAUAUUAAUGUUCUUCUUACAAAUAUAAAUUUAAAGCUUUUAUAAAUAUAAGUGUUAGUAAUUAUAUACAAGUAUGUUUUUUUUUUAAUUACUAAGAGAAUUUCCUAAUUUUUAAAGAUAUACUUUUCAAAGGUGCCAACUUUAUUGUUUGAAAGAUGUUUACUCUAUUUUCAGUUUACUACAUUUCUUCCUUCUGAGACAAUAACAUUAAUGGAUGUGUGUUUGUAUUUGCAAUUCAUUUGUCGUGUAAGAUUUGAAAUUAAUUGUAAACUCAAUUGUUGUUAUCCCAGUAUAAAUCAAAACCUGUGUUUAUUUAUACAUAUGUGCACUUAGUGUUGUCGGUCGUAGGUUAACCAAACCCACCUUAACUUUAAUUAACCGCGUCUGUGUCACUGUUGGUUGGUGCGUAUGUCAAGGCCCCUGGCCGAUUUGCUCAAUGUGCGAUUCACACUGUACCGAUGUGUGGGUAACGUCAGUCUCGCGACUCGCACGUCACUGGCGCGUCAUUGUGCUUGCUGUAAAUAUAGCAAACAGUGUAAUAAAUAACCCACUAAUAUUUGAUGUAAUUAACAUUUGUAUAAUUAUUGUUAUUUUGUUUCAGAUAUUAAAACCAUUGUAUGAAAA